CCCUUGCCAUCCACCAUUUGUCCGUCGCCAGUAGCCACAGAAUCCAUCGACAGAGCCCAGAGAGAGAGACAGAGUACUGCACAGCACACGCCGGCCGUUCCAUUUCGCUCCGCCCUCCCGCCUUGCCCCGUUGCUGAGUUCCCGCCGGCUCGCCCGUAGGAGCAGUUCGCCGCCGUUGAAGCACCCUCCCCGGUCGCUCGCCGCCAUGAAGAAGGUUGUGCUCAAGCUGGACGUGCACGACGACAGGCACAAGGCCAAGGCGCUCAAGGCCGUCUCCGGUCUCCACGGCAUCGACCAGCUGGGCGUGGACAUGAAGGACCAGAAGAUGACCAUCGUGGGCACCGUCGACCCCGUCGCCGUCGUCGGCAAGCUGCGCAAGCUCUUCCCCGGCGUGCAGAUCGUCUCCGUCGGCCCGGCCAAGGAGGAGAAGAAGGACGACAAGAAGGACGCCGGCGGGGACAAGAAGCCCGCCGGAGACAAGAAAGAGGGCGACAAGAAGGACGGCGACAAGAAAGACGGAGACAAGAAGGACGGCGGCGACAAGAAGCAGCAGGAGGCGAAGCCGCCCAUGUCCGUGUACCCGCACUACGCCUACGCGCACUACGGCUACCCGCCGCCGCCGCCGCCGCGCUACGUCGUCCACAGCGCCGAGGAGGACCCCAACUCGUGCGUCAUCUGCUGAUCGACGCCGGCGCCCACCCCCCUUGUACAUUUCGUCGCCGUCCUGCCUGUCUUCCUCUGCUGCCGGUGGUUGGUGGUGGCUGCAAUCAUCAGCCUACCCGGUGCAGCGAUCGACGGCGUCGUUUAUCCAGUUAGAUAUACAGUAUGACCGUGUAAUUACCGGUUGCAUCGGCAGCUGCUGUUUGGCUUGUUUUUGGAGAGAUGCAGUAGUAGCACAUGCAUCAUGUCUGCUGAUCAGUUUGUAGAGCGCAUACACGUGAGUGAGAAGAACUAUAAAGAUGUACUACGUACGUAUCACUUUUGAGAGUAUAAAUUUGAGAAUAUUACUGCCCAGCUGGUCUCAAAAGUAUUGGGAAAGCGUUA